AUGGCGGUAGAGAUUGAUCAGCCCCACCCCUCUCUUUUCAGCAAUUCAGAAAGCGAUUCCGCCGUCGAUUCCGAUCUGCGAUACGACCGAAACUUGGACUGGGCCAACCCCGCCGCUGGAAGCCUCCUCACGACGACUGACGAUAUAACCAAAGACGAAUUGCUAGCCCGUCGCGAGAAUUCUCUGGACGAGAUAUCCCGAGCUUGCGAGUCUGCGUCAAACCUCGACACGCUUUGGCCCUCGAUCUUGUGUGGCGUAUCCAAUGGGAAUGGGGAUAUAGCUUUUGCUGCCCUGUACCGCGCAGAGACGACCAUCGAACAGGUAGAAGGAACGAGUCUUCUCACCAGUCGAGUAAACCCGUUGAGUUUCUUGCUCUCUGGGACUGUUGGCUCCUUCCCAGCCGCGCCUCCGUGCAAACUCGAGCCUAAUAUCGAUCAAAAAUGGGUGCAGGGCUUUUUCAGAAGUGUCAAUACUCAUGCGCCGGUGGUUCUCCAGACUAAAGACGGCACUUUGCCCUUGGAAAUGCAACAGGCGUCCAAGGAUCGAUGCCAUGGCGAUGCUUGUCACCAGGCUGUCGUGUUGCCGAGCGCGUGGAACCGGAUCACCGAUGUUCACGCUGUCUUAAUAGUUGGUCUGGCGCCACGGAUACCGUACGAUCGCUCCUAUCAAGCAUGGAUAAAGACGCUCCAUCGCGAAUUCUCGAACGAAGUAGUCUCGUGGGUGCUUGAAGAAGGGAGGCGUCUUGCUGAAAAGAAUGAGGACGAGGGGAUUAGGAGAGAGAUAGAUUUCAUCAGAAGAGAAAAGGCCCUUGAGCAGCAAGAGGCUACUGUGGCCGACGGAGGCGUGUCGCGGCUACUGAAGAUCAUGGGCGCAGCGAGUGUUGGUGUUUUCGAAUGUUCCUUGUCGGGACAUGUACUGCAGGUCAAUGAAGGAUUUUGCGAUUUGAGUGGUUGUUCUAGGAAGCUGAACGUGGAAAAUCAGCCGAAGCUGGUAGAUCUCUGUGAUGCCGAAGACGUACCGGUGCUAUCACUAAACUGGCAAGCGCUUCUUGGUGGCCUACCAGCAACGCUCUCCAUACGAUUUCGGCUAGCAGGUGGAGUGAGAAAGUGGGUGCAAAUCGCCUGUGUCCCUGUGUUUGACAGCCUCUCCGUAGUCAUUGGCGUUACCGGCUGUGCUACGGACAUAGACGCACAGAAGAAAGUCGAGCAUGAAGCAAUCUUCAGGCGCACAGCAGCCCUGGAGCAGCUCCACCUCAGCGAACUGCGUCUUCGAAAUCUCGUUGAGAAUGCUCCCCUCGGAGUCUUGAUCUUCGAUCGGGACAUGCGGCCUUCUUUCGCCAACAAGACCUGGUUCAAGAUGACUUCACAUUCCACUGGACCAGCAGCUGACAUCGACGUUCGCUCGGUUAUAUUCCACGAGGAUCUUCCACAAUUCGAUGAACGUUUGCAUGACAUUUCACGUACUGGAGAGUCUGCGACCUUCCAUCUCAGACUGAAUCGACUAUGGAUAGCAGACUCGGACUUCUCACAGCAAACUUGGGUGCAGUUCACGGCCUUUCUGGAGAUGGUUGACAACGACAACUUUCAGAUUACAAGUACAAUAAUGGAUAUUAGCGACUUCAAGUUCUCCGAGGCGUUGCAACUUAGAAGGCUAGAACAGGCCGUGGAAGCGAAAAGACAGCAGGAAAAUUUCAUUGAUAUGGUGAGCCAUGAGAUCCGAAAUCCUCUCAAUGUUGUCAUGCAUUGCGCGGAUUCAAUAGCCCACUCCCUCUCAGAAGUAAAGCUUCUUCUUGAUCGGCACGAUAGUGGAAGCAUGUCCGAUCUAGAAAGCGCCUCAGCCGCCGACAACUGCCGCAGUCUCAACGACAACAUGGUCGAUGCUGUCGAAACGAUCACGUCAUGCACUGUGCAUCAAACACGUAUCAUAGACGAUAUUCUUUCGCUCUCCAAACUAGAUUCGGAUCUACUCGAAAUUUGCCCUACCAUCUUCCAGGUGAAGAGCUUCCUGGGACGGGUCGAAAGUACUUUCAAGCUUGAUGCUGAACAGGCCGGAGUUCAGCUUCUAGCUGUUGCCGAUCCUUCGUUGAGCAAGCUUGGGGUUGACUGGAUUGAUGCAGACCCUGGAAGAAUCACGCAAGUGCUAUUCAACUUGGUGGCCAAUGCGAUCAAGUUCACCAAAGAUACACCUGGCGAAAAAGCUGUCAGCGUUCGCAUCGGGGCAGCAUGUUGGCCACCCACCGCCAUCUUCGAUGGCCUCAUCAAGACAGUGCAAAAGCCCGUUCAAACAGAUCAAUCAGCACUCGAAACGGAACCAUCAGCAGGCUCCAUCUUUUUGUGGUUCAAAGUAGAGGACACAGGAUGUGGGAUGGAUGAAGCGGCCAAAGCGCGUGUCGCAACCCAAUUUACACAAGCCUCGCCUAAGACUCACAGUAAAUAUGGCGGCUCUGGACUGGGGCUCUCCAUCAGUCAAAAGUUAGCAGCUUUGUUAGGGGGCGAGAUUGGGUUCAACUCCCAGCAACAUGUCGGCUCUACGUUCGCAUUCUACACUAGAGCAUCCAGGGCUCUGCGACCGAAUUCGAUCCCGUCUACCUUGCAUUCCAACGACACGGUCAACACCGAAGGGACGACCUUAGAGCACCCUCAUGCUAUGAGUACUACUGCUGAUGCGCCGUCUACGACCCCGUCCAGUAUCCUGCUCGUUGAAGAUAACUUGAUCAAUCAACGCGUUCUGAAGAAGCAGUUGCAACGUCAUGGGUAUAUUGUCCACACAGCCGAUAAUGGGCAAGAAGCCUUCGACUUCAUCAAAACUACGCAACACUGGAAGGGUGCUACUGCAUCAGCGCCCAGGAUAGAUGUCAUCCUUAUGGACAUCGAGAUGCCCAUUGUCAAUGGUCUCGAAUGCGCGAGUAUGAUCCGCGCCGCGCAGCAUGACGGGUCUAUCAGCAAGCAUCUGCACAUCAUCGCUGUUACUGCGAAUGCGAGACCAGAGCAGCUGAAGCGCGCGAAAGAGACUGGAAUGGAUGACGCGGUUCCAAAGCCUUUUCGAGUGAAAGACCUUGCAGCUGUUAUCGAGCAGUUAAAAGAUGGGUGA